AUGCGAUUUUGUAUUCCAGGAGAUGUUAACCAUGUAGUGCAACCAAAUCUGUGUUUAAAAAUUGACCAACAUAGUCUACCAGAUCUCUGUGGUGUUGAUCACAGAAAAGUAAAUGUUUUUAACCAAGUGGAGUCACUAAAUCUUGGUCUCGGUGACAAUUUAGCAUCACCAGAUUAUCAAAAUCUUUACCCAAAGACAAUAUUUGAUCACCUAAAGAUGGAUCUACCAAAUUUUGACCAAGAAAAUCCACAAAACUAUUUAAAAAUUGACCAGAAAACUCUCCCUGAUCAUCCAGGGUCAGCAAGUUUGAUUUUUGCAUCACCAGAUCAUCAAAAUUAUCACCAAAAUGUAUCACGUGAUCAUCUAAAAUUUCAAAACCAUCUACAAAUUGACCAACAUGGUCUACCAUAUUGUCCAGAGUCAGAAAAUCUCUUUGUUACAUCACCUGAUAGUCAAAAUCCAAAAUUUGACCAAGAGCCUCCAAAAUUUGACCAAGAGCAUGGAAGAUUUGACCUAGAGCCUCUAAAAUUUGACAAAGAGCCUCUGAAAUUUGACAAAGAGCCUUUAAAGUUUGAUCAAGAACCUCCAAUAAUUGAACCUCUAAAAUUUAAAUCAGAGCCUCCAAAAUUUUACCAAGAGCCUCCAAGAUUUGACCAAGAACAUGCAAAAUAUGACCAAGAAUCUCUAAAGUUCAAACCAGAGCCUCCAAAAUUUGACCAAGUGCCUCCAGAAUUUGACCAAAAGCCUGCAAAAUUUGACCAAGAGCCUCCAAAAUUUGACCAAGUGCCUCCAAGAUUUGACCCGGUGCCUUCAAGUUUUGACCAAAAGCCUCCAAAAUGUGACCAAGUGGCUCCCAAAUGUGACCAAGUGGCUCCAAAAUGUGACCAAGUGCUUCUAAAAUUUCAAUUAGAGUCUCAAGAAUUUGAUCAAAAGCAUCUAAGAUUUGACCAACAACCUCUAAGAUUUGGCAAAGAGCCUUCGAGAUUUGAGCCAGGACCUCCAAGAUUUGACCAAGAGCCUCCAAGUUUUGACCAAGAGCCUCCAAGUUUUGACCAAGAGCCUCCAAGUUUUGACCAAGAGCCUCCAAGUUUUGACCAAGAGCCUCCAAGAUUUGACCAAGAACCUCCAAGAUUUGACCAAGAACCUCCAAGAUUUGACCAAGAACCUCCAAGAUUUGACCAAGAACCUCCAAGAUUUGACCAAGAACCUCCAAGAUUUUACCAAGAACCUCCAAGAUUUUACCAAGAGCCUCCAAUAUUUGAUUCUCUAAAAUUUAGGCCUCCACAAUUUGAGACUCCACAAUUUGAGCUUCCAAAAUCUGUGUCUCCGAAAUCUCCUCCAAAGCCUGACCAAGAGCCUCCAGGAUUUGACCAAGAGCCCACAAAAUUUCACAAAGAACCUCCAAAAUUUGAUCAAUGGCCUCCAAAAAUUGACCAAUGGCCUUCAAAAAUUGAUCAAUUGCCUCCAAAAUUUGAUCAAGUGCCUCCAAAAUUUGAGCCUUCAAAAUUUCAACUAGAAUCUAAAAACUUUGAACCAAAGCCUCAAAAAUUUGACAAGGAGCCUCCGAGAUUUGAGCCAGAGCCUCCAAGAUUAGACCAAAGACCUGCAAAAAUCAAACCAGAGCCUCCAAAAUUUGAUCAAGAGUUUGAUUUUUCAAAAUUUGAUCAAGAGCCUCUAAAAUUUGACCAAGAGUCUCUAAAUUUUAAACCAGAGCCUCCAAAAUUUGACCAGGAGCCUCCAACAUAUGGGCCAAAAUUUAGCCAAGAGCCUCAAAAACUUGACAGAGUGCCUCCAAAAUGUUAUCAACAACAUCCAAGAUUUUACCAAGGGCCUCCACAAUUUAAGCCUCCAAAACUUGAGCCUCUAAAAUUUAGGUCCCUACCAUUUGAACCUCCAAAAUUUGAGCCUCCAAAAUUUAAGUCCCUACAAUUUGAGCCUCCAAAAUUUGAACCGCAGCCUCCAAAUUUCACAACAAACGCCAAAAAUAUCCUCCAAGACUUUUACAAAUUCAAAAAAACCUACACCAACAUCGAAAAUUCAUCUGAUGGCGACACCUCCAAAACCACCAAUGAAAUAUCUGCCAGGGACCAAUUUUUGGCCAAAAAGAACAGUUUGUUGCGCUUUUUGGACGUACAUGAAGCUCGAUUGAAGCAAGAUUUGGCAGAAAAUUAUAAUGAAAGCCAAAAUUUGGUAGAAAACAACCAAAUUGGACAUCAAAAAUACCAAAAUUUGGUGAAACUUAGUAACACCUACAAAAUGGACGAUCAAAAACUGGACAAUACAUUUGUGCAAGAAUUUCAGGAGAAUGAUUACCAAAAAUUCCAAAAUUUGCUAGAAACUUGUCAGGAAAACAGCAAGGAAAUGGAUUAUCAAAAAUUGGACAAAUUAUUGAAACAAAAAUUGGAAGAAAAUGAUUACCAAAAAUUGCAAAAUUUGGUAAAACCUUAUCAAAAAUUGGACAAACCAUUUUUACCAUGCUUGAAACAAGAUUUGGCAACAAAUGAUGAUGAAAUUAGAAGUUUGGUUAAACCUUGUCAAAACAUAAAGGAAAUUGAUAACCAAAAUUUGGUAAAACCUUGUCAAAAAUUGGACAAACUAUCUUUAGACUCGCCUGAAACUUUCUCUUCUCAAAAAUCGACACCAAAUGAUGACAGAAUAAAAAAAUUGGUUAAACCUCGUAAAAUUGGUCAUAAUGAUUAUGGUACAUUCCAAAAUUUGGAUACUUCUUAUCAAAACAUUAACCAAAUUAAUAACCAAAAAUUGGAUAAGCAAGAUUUUGCACCAAACGAUGAAAAAACUAAAAAAUUGGUUAAACCUAACCAAAUUGAUUACCAAAAAUUGGACAAACAAGAUUUUGCACCAAACGAAGAUAAAACUAAAAAAUUGGUUAAACCUCCAAAAAUUGGUGUAAAUGGUUAUGGAACAUUCCAAAAUUCGGAGACAUCUUUCCAAAACUUAGAUCACCAAAAAUUGGACAAACAAUUCACCAAAAAUGAUGAUAAAACCAAAAAUUUACCAAAAUCUUGUCCAAAAUUAAACGAAAUCGAUACCCAAAAAAUAGAUAACCAACUUGAAAAACGCAACCAACUUGAAAAAUCUUGUCAAAAUUUUGAUCACCAAAAAUUGGACAAACAAUUCACCAAAAAUGACACUAAAACCAAAAAUUCACCAAAAUCUUGUCCAAAAUUAAAUGAUAUAGAUAACCAACUUGAAAAACCUAGUCAAAAUUUCGAUUACCAAAAAUUACAAAACCUUUUUUUGGAAAUGCAUGAAGCCUAUUCGAAACAUGAAUUGGCAUCAAAUGAAGCCAAAUUUAAUUUCGAAAAAAAUUUGGGCAAAUUUGUAGACGAGAUUUUUCCGUCAACGGAUGUACCUAAAGACCAAAAAAAAUCGUCUACUAAGUUGGUGCAGGAAUUUAUUGAAUUUUUCAAAAAAAAGCACGAAGAAUCCCAAAAUACGGAAAUUAACCAAGUCCAGGAAGACGACCAAGAAAUUGAAGAUAAGAUCUGUGCCCUUUUCAAAGAAAACACAACCAAUUGGCGCAAAUUGUUGAGCAGAGUCUACGUAGAUCCAAAUAUCCAUUCCCCUUACACCUUUACCCCAUCAUCCCACUCCUCCAUCCCAUAUCACCAUCUCUUUCCCUCUCACCCAACACCAUAUAAUCCAUCCUCUUUCAUCCCAUUUCAGCCCACAACCAAAACUCUCACCGCCGCCGACCGAACCGUCGCCUCUAUCCAAUCGAGGAAGAAGAAUCACCUUCUAUUGACCUUGAAGAACAAGAACAACCCCGAAUUGAGGCAGAGACGAGCCCUUGGGACUCUACUGACGAGCUAA